AUGGAUGUGGAUGUGGAUGUGGAUGCAUUUGCAAUGGCAAAGAAACAGGAAAGGGAUCGGUCGGGACAAAUAAGUUCAUUGCCGCGGAAGAUCCCCAAGAUUCUUCAAUUCCCCCCAAACUCAAAACACGACAAGAACCUCAAGGUCUUGUUGAUUGAUCCCUUCACGGCUGUGGCGUAA